UGUUUAAAACGCGUCUCGUUGUUUCGAAGGCUGUAGUGUAGGAGAUGAACAUGUAGAUGUUUACUUUUAUUUGAUCAUAUGAAGCAGGCUAAUUCUUGCUUUUGUCAGAUGUAUCGUUUAAAUUAUGUAUAGACGGAACUGAUGAGGAGUAGAAAACAUACCUGCAGGAUUUAUAAUUAACUGACUGAAUCAUGUAUGGCUCUUUGCAGUAUUAUUAACCAAAGAUGAUGGAGGAUUUCUCAGGUCUGGCUCUUCCUCCGCUGUUCGGGGGUCACAUUCUGGAAGCGGAGCUGGAGACGGGCGGCGUGGAGCUGGGCCCCAGCGGCACUGAGCUCCUGGAUAGCGAUGGGGCCCCGUCGGGCCCCGCACAGGACGGAGAAGAUGAGAGGAGAGAGCUGGACCACAGCAAGUAUCACGCUCUCAGCAAGAGGUGCAGAGAGAUUGAGCAGGUAAAUGAGAAGAUUUUGGGACGCCUUCACCAGGUGCAGAGACUGACACGACGACUAAGGAAAGAAAGAAAGUUUCUGAUGAAGACUCUGGACUCGUAUGGAGAUGAUUACAGGACAGCACAGCUCACCAUCACACUGGAGGAUGAAGGGAAGGCAGGUUUAGAUUCAGCUGUGGGUGCUGAUGAAGACAGCUCUUCUCCAACGUUUCCUCAUCAGUCAGCAGCUGGACCAAAGAAAAAGAGGCACCGGGUCCCAAAGGACCGAAAGCGAGACGCACAGAUGGAGUCGGAGCAUCCGGUCACGGCACAGGAUUCUUCAGUCCUCGCUGAUCCCAGACCAGACGAGCACACUGAGGCUCAUUAGCAUGUGGGAAAUCACUCAACUGUCUUUCAGGAAUCAAUAAGAAUUUUUUUGUUGCAAA